AUCAUUUUAUUACAACACCAAAUCAAAUCACCAACUUCAACUUAACUUCCUUAUCCACACAAACACAUCACAACACAACUCUUGUUUUCCCCAAAUGGAGAAGGAGAAGAAGAACCAGCCAUGAACAUUACUCUACUACAACCACUUCACCACUACCCUUCUUCAUUCAACUUCACCAACUCCAAAACCAAAGCCACUAACAACUCUUUCUCAAUUAACUACACAAACCCCUCAGACACAACAAUAACAACAAACUCAAAAACCGAACCACGCGACCAAAAGCUUCUAACACUUUUACAACAAAGAAAAAAAGAAGAAGCUUGGCUUGCAUANACUCUUUCCACACACCUCCCUAACCCCACUUGCCUAAGCCGUUUAGUUUCUCAACUUUCUUACCAUAACACUCCUUCUUCCCUCACGCGCGCACAAUCCAUCCUCACGCGCCUCCGUAAUGAAUCCCAACUCCACCGUCUCGACUCCAAUUCUCUCGGCCUCCUUGCCGUCGCCGCCGCCAAAUCUGGCCACACUCUGUACGCUUCCUCCGUUGUUAAAUCCAUGCUCCGUUCCGGUUACCUCCCUCAUGUCAAAGCAUGGAGCGCCGUUGUAAGUCGACUCGCCUCCGAUGAUGAUUCUUCAGGUCCGAUUGAGGCUAUACGUCUCUUCCAUGCAGUCACGCGCCGCCUUAGGAAGCUCCCGGAGCUGGAUAUGGCGGCGGAGUCGCGACCUGACACGGUGGCAUUCAACGCCGCGCUUAAUGCAUGUGCUAAUUUGGGUAAUGGUAAGAUGUUCUUGCAGGUGUUUGAUGAAAUGCCGCAGUUUGGUGUUGUGCCUGAUUCUUUGAGUUAUAACAUUGUUAUGAAGCUUUGUGUUGGAAAUGAUAGAAAAGAUUUGCUUGUGUUUGUUUUGGAGAGGAUUCUUCAGUUGAAUAUUCCUUUGUGUAUGACCACUUUGCAUUCCCUUGUUGCUGCUUAUGUUGAUUUUAAUGAUUUGGAAACUGCUGAGAAAAUUGUUCAGGCAAUGAGGGAAAAAAGGAGAGAUCUUUGUAGGAUAAUGAGAGAGUCAAAUUCUUACUAUUCUGUUGAAAAUUAUUAUGAUGAUGUUGAUCCCGUUUUUCAUAAGUUGCUUCCAAAUUUGAUGAUGGAUAAAAGUGGCAACGAUGCCAAUGGGAAUGAUCCACCUUUGUUGCCAAAAGCAUAUACUCCUAACACUAGAAUUUACACCACUUUAAUGAAAGGUUAUAUGAAGGCGGGGCGUGUUUCUGAUACUGUAAGAAUGCUUGAGGCAAUGCGUUGUCAGGAUGAUAGUGCUAGUCACCCUGACCAUGUUUCCUAUACCACUGUGGUUUCAGCACUUGUGAAGGCUGGUUUCAUGGACCGGGCACGCCAAGUUCUUGCUGAAAUGACGAGAAUCGGAGUGCCUGCGAACCGGAUAACCUACAAUAUUCUCCUCAAGGGUUACUGUAGACAGCUGCAGAUGGACAAGGCUAGAGAGUUGCUUAAGGACAUGACUGAGGAUAUCGGGAUUCAGCCUGACGUGGUGUCGUAUAAUAUACUUAUCGAUGGUUGUAUAUUGGUUGAUGACAGUGCUGGUGCUCUUUCCUUUUUUAAUGAGAUGAGGGUUAGAGGGAUAGCUCCCACAAAGAUUAGUUACACUACUUUGAUGAAAGCUUUUGCACUGUCUGGUCAACCAAAGUUGGCACAAAGGGUCUUUGAUGAAAUGAUGAAUGAUCCUAGAGUGAGGGUGGAUUUAAUUGCUUGGAAUAUGUUGGUUGAAGGAUAUAGUAGAUUGGGGUUAGUGGAAGAGGCAAAGAAAGUGAUUCAAAAGAUGAAAGAAAAUGGAUUUCACCCUGACGUAAGCACUUAUGGAAGUCUUGCCAAUGGAAUUGCAUUGGCAAGAAAACCUGGAGAAGCACUUAUACUCUGGAAUGAAGUGAAGGAGAGGUGUGAGGUUGGAAAGGAAGGAGGGAAAUCUGAUUCUUCUUCUGUUGUUCCUCCACCUUUGAAACCUGAUGAAGGGCUUUUGGAUACUCUUGCCGAUAUAUGUGUGAGGGCUGCUUUCUUUAGAAAGGCAUUGGAGAUUGCGGCUUGCAUGGAAGAAAAUGGUAUACCUCCUAAUAAGACCAAGUAUACUAGAAUAUAUGUGGAAAUGCAUUCAAGAAUGUUUACUAGUAAACAUGCUUCAAAGGCUAGGCAAGAUAGAAGAGUGGAAAGGAAAAGGGCAGCUGAGGCUUUUAAGUUUUGGUUAGGUUUGCCUAAUUCUUAUUAUGGAAGUGAGUGGAGGUUAGAACCUCUUGAUGGAUAUGACACUACCUCUUUUUAAGUGUAUCUUUGGAUUAGCGGUGAGUUUGUGAUUUUGGUGAAGCUUGGAAAUGUAGUUUAAGCCAAAAUUGUAGUGGUCUAUUGUGAUUUUGUUGUAGUGGUAUAUUGUGAUUUUGCCAACUCUACCGGAUUACAAAAGAGCAAAAGUAUAUAUACUAGAAAGUAGAAAUCAAUGUAACUUUAAAUAAAACAAAAGUGGCUAUUUUUAUUUGAAAAUGGUCUUUUUUGGAUUACUUGUAUAAAAUUUUGGAAUAGCAAGGGCGAUCAAACUUGCAUAAAAAUGAAAGUAGCCUUUGCUAUUGUCA